GUGGGUCCGGAGCUCCACACCCGAUCCAAUGAGCUUAUGUCUUAAGAAACUUCAGUGCAUACUUAACAUGGAGCAGCCCAUGUACAAAAAUUGCUUCAACACCGCCGUGCUUAUGCUGGCAUGUGACGAGGGAGUCUUGUUCACAGACCCUCCUAUACACUACAUGGAUCUACGAUUUUGUUCCAUGCUGCUAGAGUCAACACGAGGUCAGAAGUUUUCUGAGAAGGAAACUAUCCAGACGUUGGCAACAUUAUUUGAUAGCUGGCCUGGGAUGGAGACCGACAUCUCAUCUUGCAAUAAGAUUUAUCUUCCCUAUGCAUCAAUCGGCCGAUACAUCCUGUACAUCAUCGACAGAGAGGCACGUCGUCUAUAUAUUAUGGAACCUAUUCAAUCAUCACAAUCGUCAGAGGAUAAAAACUUGAGGCAUUCACUGAAAUUAAAAAGUUUUUCAAGGGAUUUCAAAGAAGCACUUGAAAUAAAGCUGCCUGGGUGGAAUUCUGAUAUAUCUAAAUGGCAUCGUUUAUUCCCGGCCGAUGUUCCAACGAGUAUAAUUUGGAUGUAACUUUUCGAGUAGAUGAUUUUUCAUAUAAAAAACUUUUUCAUCCGAGUUAGUAUGCAAAAGUUAUGCCCAUAUUUACA